GUGAUUUGGGCUCCCAUCAUAAGAUAUAAAACGGAAAAAAACAAUUGGCUUUAAAUAUUCAGAUAAUAAUAAAAUCAAACCUUGUGCACGGCUUAAUGCCAGUGAGCAAUUUUUGUGCAACUAUCACUUGAAAAUAAGCUAAAAAUUGAAAAUAAAUGCCUCGAAAAACGCGACUCUAAUUCAAACCAAAACCAGUUUUCGUUCCGAAGCGACUUUCUCGACUUCGCCGUCUCAAACACAUCUCAUACGUCAGCAAGUGCAGUCGCGUUCUGAAAUAGUUUAGAAAAACUUCAAAUAAAUUAACAAAAGCAGCCAACAAGUUAACAUUUUAGUUCAAACAACUAGCUUGCGCUUAAACCAAAAACUAUAGUUAUGGGUGUUGUGCUGAAAAACGUACUCAAAAAAUCAUAUGAAAGAGCUGAGAACAAAGGCCAGAAAGGGUGCUCCGCUGGCCAAAGCAGCGCAGUCUCUGCUGCAGCUGAAAAAACUUGAUUGUGUUAGUGUGCGUUUGCAUGUGUGUGACAUAGCAGCAGCAGCGCAGCCAGCGUCAAAUUUUCUCUACAUGGGACUGCACUUCUACGAAUGCAAUUUGAGUGUACAAAGAAAACGAGUCUGUUCGCUGGAAAAGCGACAAAUGAAGGUUGUGGCUCGUUCGUAACUUGCUCUGACAAUGGCGUCCAACAAAUUGGGAACUGUGUUCAAUAAACUCGGACAGCAAGUGAUAACACUCGAGACGGAGGCCGACCUGCAAGUUGAUUGGGCAUUGGGCAUUGCCUGGCAGGAUUUGGUAUUUAUGACUACUAUUCUACUUGCUACAAAGCAUCGCUAACGACCCUCCAACCACCACACAUACUAAGUAUAUCUCAGGCAACGAAAAAGCGUGUAUCAUGAUGCAUAAAUAUAAAUAUUCACAUUGUUCUUGUAUAUACAUAUGCCCCCAUAUAUAGUGCGUAAGUGUCUUUGCAGAAUCAACCACCAACCAAAACCAAACCAAACUACAACAAAUCAACGCAGCGCUAAUAACAAUUUUCUCUAUUUCACAUAUCCAUAUAAUAUAUAUACUAUAUACCUCUAUAUUUGUUGAAUGAUAACGAAAAUAUCUGAAUAUUUGUUAUGCACAAACCGAACUCAUGUAGAAACAUUUACAGCACCCAAAUAUCAAACCGCCUACGCCUGCGAAGGUAAGAAACUCACCAUUGAAUGCGAACCGGGCGACCUAAUCAAUUUGAUACGGGCCAACUACGGUCGCUUCUCAAUCACUAUAUGCAAUGAUCACGGCAAUGUGGAGUGGAGCGUCAAUUGCAUGUUUCCCAAGAGCCUCACCGUGCUAAACUCAAAAUGUUCUCACAAGCAAAGCUGCAGUGUUUUGGCGGCCACCAGCAUGUUUGGUGAUCCCUGUCCAGGCACACACAAAUAUUUGGAAGCGCACUAUCAAUGCAUCUCGGCGGCACAGACGUCGACGACUACCAAUAGGCCAAGUCCACCGCCUUGGGUACUCAGCAAUGGGCCGCCCAUUUUCGGCAAUGGUAGCGGUCUUAUACAGGCACCACCACCACCGCCGCCGCGACUACCCAGCCUGCCAGGUGUGGUGGGCAUUCAUGGCAUCAAUGCAGUGCCGCCCACGCAUUCUACGCCCAGCAGCAGCACGGCCACGCUGCCCGGUGGAAGACUCAAGGGCGUUACCAGUGCUACGACCAAGCAUCCGGGUGGUCGACAUGAUGGAUUGCCGCCACCACCUCAAUUGCAUCAUCAUCACCACCACACGGACGAGACCGUACCCACCAAGCCCAGCAGCAGUGGAAGCACUGGCAAUGUUACGUCGCCAUCCAAUACACGCAUUUUAACGGGCGUGGGUGGUGCCGGCAGCGACGAUGGCACACUGCUAACUACCAAAAGUUCCCCUAAUCGCACACCAGGCACUGUGGCCAGUACUACAAAUAGCAGCUUAAGUAUUGGUGGGACUGGAGCAGGCAGUGUGGUGCGCACUAUAAACAAUAUUAAUUUGAAUGCGGCUGGUAUGGGAACAGAUGAUGAGUCUAAAUUGUUCUGCGGUCCGACGCAUGCCCGCAAUCUUUUCUGGAACAUGACUCGCGUAGGCGAUGUCAAUGUACAGCCAUGUCCAGGCGGCGCUGCCGGCAUUGCGAAAUGGCGCUGUGUCUUAAUGAAGCGUCUACCUGAUGCGGGCUACGAUGAAUAUGACGAUGAUUUGCCAGCUGCCAGCAGCACGACUCCAAUACCGCCCAGCUCUGCAGGUGAUUGCUUGCACAACAGCAGCAGCUGUGAACCGCCAGUAAGCAUGGCGCAUAAGGUCAACCAAAACCAGCGUCUCCGUAACUUUGAACCCACGUGGCAUCCGUUAACGCCGGAUUUGACGCAGUGUCGCAGUCUUUGGCUGAAUAGCCUCGAGAUGCGUGUUAACCAACGCGAUUCUUCUUUAAUUUCGAUUGCCAACGAUCUAUCCGAGGUAACCAGCAGUAAGACGCUGUAUGGUGGCGAUAUGCUCGUCACUACCAAGAUCAUACAAACCAUGUCGGAGAAGAUGCUUCACGAUAAGGAAACGUUUCCAGAUCAGCGGCAGCGUGAAGCUAUUAUUAUGGAGCUGCUGCAUGGCGUUGUCAAAACUGGUUCCAAUUUACUUGACGAAUCGCAACUAUCUUCUUGGUUGGAUCUCAAUCCAGAGGAUCAAAUGCGCGUUGCCACCUCCUUGCUAACUGGCCUUGAGUAUAACGCUUUUCUGCUGGCCGAUACCAUAAUCAGGGAGCGCAAUGUAGUGCAGAAGGUCAAAAAUAUAUUGCUCUCUGUCCGCGUUUUGGAAACAAAAACCAUUCACGGCAGUGUCGUAUUUCCCGACUCUGAUCAAUGGCCGCUUAGCUCCGAUCGCAUUGAAUUGCCUCGCUCAGCACUAAUUGAGAACAGCGAGGGCGGCCUGGUGCGCAUUGUGUUUGCGGCAUUUGAUCGCCUGGAGUCCAUACUGAAGCCAAGCUAUGAUCAUUUCGAUUUAAAGAGUGCACGCAGCUAUGUACGAAACACAGCUAUAUUAUCCAACGAUAGCGAUGCCGCCACCGGAGAUAUGCAGCAACGUAUUCGUAUACUCAACAGUAAGGUAAUCUCAGCCAGUUUGGGCAAGGGACGCCACAUUCAGCUGUCGCACCCGAUAACAUUAGUGCUGAAGCACUUGAAAACGGAAAAUGUCAGCAAUCCCACCUGCGUUUUUUGGAAUUACAUUGACCACGCUUGGUCCGUUAAUGGCUGCAGUCUCGAGUCCACAAAUCGCACGCACAGCGUCUGCAGCUGCAAUCAUUUGACCAACUUUGCAAUACUUAUGGAUGUCGUCGAUGAGCAUCAGCACUCGCUAUUCACCAUGUUUGACGGAAAUAUGCGUAUAUUUAUCUACAUCAGCGUCGCUAUUUGUGUUGUUUUCAUCAUAAUAGCGCUGCUCACACUGAAGCUCUUCAAUGGCGUCUUCGUCAAGUCUGCACGCACCUCGAUCUAUAGCAGCAUUUACAUUUGCCUGCUGGCCAUUGAGCUGCUCUUUCUGCUGGGAAUUGAACAGACCGAAACAAGCAUAUUUUGUGGGUUCAUAACUAUCUUUCUGCAUUGUGCCAUACUCUCGGGCACCGCCUGGUUUUGCUACGAAGCCUUCCAUUCGUACUCCACGCUCACAUCUGAUGAGCUGCUCCUGGAAGUGGAUCAAACGCCAAAGGUGAACUGCUACUAUCUGUGGUCAUAUGGCCUCUCACUAACUGUCGUGGCCAUUUCUCUGGCAAUCAAUCCGAGCACCUACACGCAAAAUGAUUACUGUGUCCUCAUGGAAGCCAAUGCGCUCUUCUAUGCAACCUUUGUGGCACCCAUUUUGAUAUUUUUUGUGGCGGCCAUUGGCUACACAUUUUUGUCGUGGAUCAUCAUGCGUCGCAAAAGUCGUACUACACUGAAGACUAAGGAGCACACGCGUCUAGCCAACGUGCGCUUCGACAUACGCUGCUCGUUUGUGUUUCUGUUGCUCCUGAGCGCUGUUUGGUGCUGCGCCUAUUUUUACUUGCGUGGCGCCAAACUGGACGAGGAAGUGGCCACCGUCUAUGGCUACUGUUUUAUCUGUUUCAACACGCUGUUAGGCCUCUACAUAUUUGUGUUCCAUUGUAUACAGAACGAGAAGAUACGGCGCGAGUAUCGCAAGUAUGUGCGCCAACACGCCUGGCUACCUAAGUGCCUGCGUUGUUCAAAAACAUCAAUUUCUUCUGGUGUUGUCGCUGGUAAUGGCGGGCCAGGCGUCGGUAACGUCGCCAACAACUCUGCUGGCACACUUUCCAAGUCAAAGUCAAAAUUGCCGCUGAGUGCAACCGACGAAGCUCGUGCUGUGGAACAACAGCAGCAGCUAGAUGUACCAGCCACCGACGAUGCAAUCAUCAUGGGCGCUGGCUCCGACAGCGAGCUAAAUGAAGCCCAGCAGCGGCGCACCCUCAAAAGUGGGCUUUUAACGGGCAGUUUACAACCAACGCCAGUUGGCGCGGUGGUGCUCGAGCGAGGAACGUUGCGCUCUACUGGCAUGGCUAGUGUGGGGCAUGCAUCACCCACAAGCUCUGCUGGUUCUACGCAUCUUAUAUUUGCACAUAAACAGCAGCAACAGCUCCAACAGCCGGGCGAGGCCUACUAUCAUCAGCCAGACUACUACAGCUGGAAGCAUCCGCAGGCAGGUCAGCGAGAAUACUACAACAAUACUGGAGUUACGGUUAAUGCAGGAGUAGGUGGAGUUGGUGGCGCCUCGCCAUCACAGGCGCAUGAGGUAUUUUACUGGACGCAAAAACACAACAACCAGCACGGCAAAAAGAAGCGCGGAGGUAAUGCCGGCGCAGUGCCCGCCUCGCCUAGCGGUUCUCUACACAGCCGUGUUACGGCCGCCUCUCAGGUGUUAUUUUACCCAUCGUACAAGAAAACCAGCGGCUUGAAACAACCACCAGCUACUCAAGCUUAUCCACACUAUGCCGAGGCACUGGACCCACCCAAUGCAGCUUACUACCAGCAACAGCUACAGCAGCAGCAGUUGCGACAGCAACGUCAGCAGCAACAGCAACAGCUAUCCUCGGAUGAAGAGCAGGCGGAACAGCAUGCACACCUAUUGCACUUGCAGCAUCAGCAGCGACGUGCCGGUGGACCACAACUGCCAGCGCCUCCGCCACACAUGGCGCAGUACCAACAGGAGUUGUUAGCGCAACAACAGCGCCAACAGUAUAGAAAUAAGCAUUCCAACUGUGAUCUUAGCCAGGGGAUGGGCUUAGGUAAAGGCAUGGGCAUGGUACUCGGCGAUGCCUAUUACAAUCAAGGCGGGAGCAGCAAUGGUGGCGGCGAUGGUGGGCCUGUUUAUGAAGAGAUUCUGAGUAACCGAAAUUCAGAUGGGCAACACUAUGAAGUUGGUGACUUUGACGUGGAUGAAGUGUAUAACAACAGUGUUGGUACGGGCGUCUUUAAUAGUAUGCGCGCCGCGGUAGCUGCCGGAGGCAAUCGCUAUUGUGGUGGCAGUCUAAGCGGAGGCAGCGUUACCUCUAGAAAUCAACAGCAGCAACAAAAACAGAAGCAGCCGCCACGACGUUGUGUAGCGGAUGAUGACGACGACGAUGAUGAUGAUGAGUAUGAUGACGAGGUGACGGCAGCGGAGCAGCUGCACGACAGCGUCUGUGAUGAUGAAGAUAACGAUAGCGAUAUUGAUGAUGAUACUCACGGAUUGCCGCCUCAAAGUGAUGAGCGUAUGCGUCGUCUGAUGGCGCUUCAGGACGAGGAUUUUAAGCGGCGGUUUCAACGCCAGCAGCGAAAAAAUGGCUUACCCUUGGAUUAUGGGGCGUCGGCCCAAACAGCAUCAAUAAACCAUCCAGAACACAAUGGAACGGUUUUUGGGGUUAGCGGCGGCGUUGGUGAGGGCUCCAUGCGUGGCGCAUACCGGCAACAACAGCAACAGAAUGCCAAGUCACCGAGCGCACGCUUGGCGGUAAACGAGCUAUUUGGCCAUGGUAAUGCAGGACCGCCGCUGCCACCGGCCAAUCAGACGCCCGCACAAAAGCGUCAGCAGCUACAAAAACUAUCACCGCAGUCCACAACAUCUUCGUCGUCGCACACAUCACACAGCAACCCGCAACAUGCUCCUGCACACCAUAUCCAGCAUCAACAACACCACCAGCAACAGCAGCAGGCGCGUCAUUUAUCGGCUAUGCUGGAUGAGAAUAAUACUGUGCGCUGCUACCUGGAGCCGUUGGCCAAGUAAACAGCAAGAGUAUCAGUAGCCGACAGCAGCCCUCCACACAUUGCAUGGCAGGCAGCUGAUCGUUGUCUUAGGCAAAAAUUAUAGCUUAGGUUUAGCUAUACCUCUAGUAUUAGUCAUUAGUCGAAAUAUGGAGCAUUGUGUGAAACAACAUGCUGUCAUGUCAUGCUAUACGUGCAGUGAUUCGAGAAUCCCAAAACUUUAUAUGUAUAUGUAACUCAAUUAGACCAUAGGCUAAACAACCAACCAACCAACCAACCAAUGCGGAGCAAAACAAAUUCAAUAUGCAAAUUAAAUGGAUAUUGUUGUCGCUCACAAUUUAUACAACUCGAUAUAUAAAUGUAUGUACUGUAUGUAUAUGUAUAAUGUAAUAUGUAAUGUAUAAUGUAUGUGAAGCGCAUACAUGUCACCCACAUGCCAUUUUUAAGUAGGUUACCAAUUACUAUACCAUAUGUGUAUAUGUGUAAGAUCUGAGAACUAUAUGUAAAUGAUACUUAGGGCGAGCAUAUUAUGUAUUUUAUGUAAUUUAUAGGGCGUAUAUUGUUUAUUUCUUUUUUUCGCUGAUUAAUAACU